GAGGGGCAGGUGCCAGAGCCGCCCGGUGCCGCCCGGUGCCUCCCGGUGCCGCCGCUCCCCGCCCCGCCGCGCUCCGCCGCAGGGACCCCCGCGCCGCCCCAUGCACCCCCCGGCGCGGUCCUGACCGCCCCCGGCCACGAUGCGAGCCCAAAUCGAAGUGAUCCCAUGCAAAAUCUGCGGAGACAAGUCCUCCGGGAUCCACUAUGGCGUUAUCACCUGCGAAGGCUGCAAGGGUUUUUUUCGGAGGAGCCAGCAGAACAACGCCAGCUACUCCUGCUCCCGGCAGAGGAACUGCCUGAUCGACCGCACCAACCGCAACCGCUGCCAGCACUGCCGCCUGCAGAAAUGCCUGGCGCUGGGCAUGUCCCGCGAUGCGGUGAAGUUCGGCCGCAUGUCGAAGAAGCAGCGGGACAGCCUCUACGCCGAGGUGCAGAAGCACCAGCAGAGCCAGGAGCAGAGCGGCGGCACCAAGGACGAGCCCGAGCCCCUGAGCCGCAUCUACACCACCAGCGUCAGCAGCGGGCUCUCGGACCUGGACGACAUCUCCACGCUGUCGGACGGGCUCCUCUUCGACUUCCCCCUCACCCCCGAUGGCAGCAGCACCUACUACAACCUCGACCUGCUCGCCUCGGCGCAGCCCUCGCCUGACCAGUCCAGCCUGGACGUGGCCGACGCCACGCUCAUCAAGCAGGAGUCCAUCUACGAGCUGAUGCUGGAGCCAGCCCUGUUCGCGCACGGCGCGCUGGAGGGCGGCCAGCUGGCUGCCGACAUCUCCGUCCUCGAGAUCGACCGGGUGGCCCAGAACGUGGUGAAGUCACACCUGGAGACGUGCCAGUACACGACGGAGGAGCUCAAGCGCCUGGUGUGGAGCCUCUACUCCCCCGAGGAGGUCCGCGCCCUGCAGAGCAAGAGCUGCGAGGCCAUGUGGCAGCAGUGCUCGCUGCAGAUCUCCAACGCCAUCCAGUACGUGGUGGAGUUCGCCAAGCGCAUCGACGGCUUCAUGGAGCUCUGCCAGAACGACCAAAUCAUCCUCCUGAAAGCCGGUUGCCUCGAGGUGCUCCUAAUCCGCAUGAUCCGCGCGUUCAACCCCUUGAACAACACCGUCCUCUUCGAGGGGAAGUUCGGCGGCGUGCAGAUGUUCAAGUCGCUCGGCUGCGAUGACCUCAUCGGCGCCGUCUUCGAGCUGGGCAGGACCCUGUGCCGCCUGCAGCUGUCGGACGAGGAGCUUGCUCUCUUCACCGCCGCCGUCCUGCUCUCCCCGGAUCGCCCUUGGCUGACGGAGUCCAAGAAGGUGCAGAAGCUCCAGGACAAGAUCUAUGUGGCCCUGCAGCACGAGAUCCAGAAGAAACACUCCGCCGAGGACAAACUCUCGAAGAUGGUUUCCAAGCUGCCCUUGAUGAAAACCAUUUGCAACCUGCACUUGGACAAGCUGGAGUUUUUCCGUCUCCUGCACCCAGAGACCGCCAUGAACUUCCCACCGCUCUACAAGGAGGUCUUCAACUCAGAGCUUCAGUACAGCGACCCACGGGAGAGCUAAGGCUGGGAGCCGCCGGCCUCCUUCGAGUUCCCCAAAAUUUGAAGAUGAACUAAACUUCAGAGGUUUGGGGCAGUUUAUUUAAAUCAAAUAAUCAAACUCAAGAGAACCUGGGGGGCUGGGGUAGCUCCCCGGCCCCGUUUCCUCGCUGUGGAUUGCAAUAGCUCUUGAAUGUAAAGCACCUUGAAGGAAAAAUCAAAUGGACUUUGCCAUACCAGUGAAAUGAAUGUGAAAUCUCCGCUCGGGAGAGGAGAUGCUCCUGGCAGUGGUAAGGGACCGACUCCUCCCCGCCGUGCACGGAUCCAGGGGAGCGCACACCACGCACAUGCCGCCGCACUCACGGCACGGCCCUUCCCACCAUCCUGGCUGCACUCUCCAUCUCUGAUUUUUAAUUUUUUUUAAUUUUUUUUUUUUUUUUUUAUACCCAAACACAAGGCAUGGGAUAAAGAAGGGGCAAUGCAGACUCGGCCAGACAGGGGUGAGUCAGGCCAGUGGGGGCAGCUUUGGGCUCCCGGCCGGAGCCGAGGAGCGGGCGAAGGCAGAGCCUUUGCUUUAUUCCUCCCAUGGGGCAGACCUCAGGAGCUCGGCCAAGAAAGACCCGGCUGUAGCCAGGGGUGGAUUCAGCGCAGGAUUUCCCCAUGGAGGAGGCUGGUUCGAAGGAAAGGAUGCCCAACGUGGCGGGGGGAAAAGCUUUUCAGGGUCUCCGUGCCCUCUGUCACAGCAUUUUCCCAAAUGCCUGGCCAGCUCCCUGUCCGGCUGGCCAACCGCCCAGCUUUUCGGAGCCGAUUCAGCAGGUCCGCCUGCCUCGUGCCACCUUUCUGCAUCCCGAGCGCUUUUGGAAGAGGGGCUUUGCCCUUGCGACUGUGGCCAAAUCCCGGCUCCCGGCUGCUCCACCCCAGAGGCAGCCGCUGGGGCUCGGUGCCUCUCCCUGCGUGUCACCGCAAGCAGUCGCUCUUUGGGUGCUGGCUGUCACACGUAGUUUUCUUAUAGAGAUCGUUAAAACUCUGUCCCAUGGCUCGGCACCCAGAGAAGGUUUUGUGGCCUUUUCUCCGCCCAGCCCGUAGCUGGUCCUGCUGCCAGGUCCCCAAUUCCCGUACCAGGACCACUGGCCGUGGCUGCUGUCGCAGGUUGAGUUGGACCCAGGCUUUUCCCCCAAGGAGCUCUUUAGAACUGUUAUUUUGGGGUUUGUUCUCUAUUUAGCAGGACCUGGGAGCUUUUUAGGGAGAGAAACUGCCCAGAGGGGUCAAGGGGAAGCGAAAGGUUCUUAUUCCUUCCCCAGGAAGUCGCGGCGUGGUCAGGACCUGCUGCUCCGAGCUUGGGAGGCUCAAAAGGUGAAGAAGGGAUGGAUUUGCAGAGCGAUGCGAUAGCCCGCAGCUGGUGGGGCCACUCAAGGGACUCUCUGGCCAGGCUCUGCAGGUGGUUUUUCUGUCCCUAUUCCUGCUCCUCCUGCAGCAAAUGCCAAAAGCUACAAGGGAAAAACCUGCUCCGAGGCAGCCCCAGUUUCUGCUGACAAAGGGCUAAAAUCCCAAGCCCCUUCCCGCUUCGUGUUGAUUUCUCGUGUGUCCAACCCCACCCUCCGGCAGCUCGAAUCAUCCCCAAGCGUGAGCCGAAGACCUUCAAUUCCAUAAUCGCACCCCUUUAAAUGAGCAGCUUGCUUAGCGAUAGUAGGGGAUAUUCAUGCUUUCAGUUAAAAGACCUCCUAGGGAAGACUGUGGACCAACCUCGACCAGGGAAGACUCACCAGGAAGCCGAUGGGAUUUCCACUUCAGUAAGGCAUAGAAAAAUUUGGGACCGUGCUAUUCCCCAGCACCUGCCGUCCACCACGUACAGCCGUGCGCUUUCUGGUUUUGCUAACCGCUGUCUGAUCCGCUUCUCGGAGCGUAUCGGAGUUCGUCAGCCUUGUUUCUCUCCCCGAUGGCGUUAGAGCCCAGGUCUCCGGUGAAGGCUGCUGACCCUCCCAGCGGCCCCACGCGAUGUUGAGUGCCAAUACGUCGUUCUCCAGCGCAGUGUUCGCCGGGGCGGGGAUGCACCGUGCUUGUUUCCUGCCCUCUCAGAUCCUAAAGCUUGUGAGAAGUGAGAAGUCAGUACUGCCUUUUUCUAGAGGGUUGUGCCUUUUUUUUUUUUUUUUUUUUUUUUUUUGAAGAAUCAUUUCCAACAGCACCAUCCACUUCCCGGCUCCUCUCUGCAGGGAAAAGCACUCGAGAAAACAAAUGUGCUUUGCGGAGGGGGCUCUCGCCCUCCGUUUCUGCAGGACAGCAGCACUCCCUUUCUCGGAGGAAAGAGCCGUGGGUGUUUUGAAAUGUUUGGGGGGAAAAAAAAAAAGCACACACCCUUCUUUAUGUCCUCGGUAUUCGUCAGCACCACUGGUCAACGUCACCGUUUUCAUUUCAUCCGGCAAAGAAACCAAGAAAGCACCUUAAAUUGGGAAAAGACUGAGCCCUUGCCCCCGGUUGCGUUUUUCCGGCUUACGACACAGCAUCCAUCUCAUGGGAGAGUUUUUGGAUUCUGAGCAAUAAAAGCCCCCGUGGGAAUCUAGGGAAGACUGGAAGUAUUAAACACGUGUAACUCAACCUGCCAAACUGCGGGAACCUGCACUUUUAAGUUCUCCUUAAAGGAACUGACUUGUUGAUUAAAUGAUUUCUUGGGAGGGGAUGAAUGAUUAAACGUUGAUUAAAUGAUUUCUUGCUUGGGACGGGCGGCGCGCAUCGAAAGGGAUAGCAAGGGCGCGCCGAACUCCCCGCGGCACCUCUGCCGGCUGCAGCCUCCGCGCUGGGCUCGCCCGAAUACGCGGGGCAGCGGCGGCAGUGCCGAGGUCCCUCGCGCUCCCUCCGUGCCACCAAGAGAGAGCAGCUCGGCAGAGCCAGGCAUCAAGCUUGUAGGGAAAGGACAAGUGGAAAAAGCCCAGGCAGAAAUGCCUGAAAAAGGGAGAUUUCCGCUCUCCCCUACGCCAGAGCCGAGCGUGGCCAGUGGAGAUGAUGCUCGGGAGCCCUGAGACCCCCCGACUCGCUUCGAUGCUCGGUCCUUGGCGUCUCGGAGACGUUUCCGUCCCACCGGCCACGGGACAUUUUGCCACUUUAUUUUCACACAGACCUCGGCAGCGGUUCCCGUGAGCGGGGCGACCUCAGCCGCGAGGGAUUGCUCUUUUCCAGAUGAAGAUUAAUUUUGUGUUUGUUUGCUCUGGCAGUUUAGCUGAGUGUGCAUUUCCACCUCCAGAACCCUCACACUGUGUAUAAAAAUGGAUAAAAUAUAUAUAUAAUAUAUAUUCUUGUGAAUGUUGGUGCAAAAGAGAAAAAAUAUAUAAAGUUUCAGUUGGUUUGAUGUUAUUUUUUAUCUAUAUGAAUGAAAGGAAGAAAUGGAAAACAUUUUUUUUCCAUUUACCACCCUCCACACACACCUACCUGUAGAUACCGACAGGUUUUACGGAAAUGUUUUACUUUUUAGAUUUAGGAACAUGCUUCUGUUCUCAUUGAAUGUUCUGUCUUGUAAGAUUGUAAUUUCUAUUUUUUUAAAGAAAAAAAAAUAACUAAAUAAAGUUUCCUCU